CAAGAUUCUUCAUUUUCCCCCCUCACCUUUUAAGCUUCUUUAAGUACACACACACACAACUCUAAGCUUUUAAAACUUGCUAAAAAUGGCGACUUUUCUUCCUCUCUCUUUCAUGCUUCUUCAUCUUCUUCAAAUAUCCAUAUCUGCAUAUGCAAACACCGAAGGGGAUGCUUUGUAUGCUUUGAGAAGAGCAGUGAAGGACCCCACCAAUGUUCUUCAAAGCUGGGAUCCUACUUUGGUUGAUCCAUGUACUUGGUUUCAUGUUACUUGUGAUUCUGAAAACCGGGUUACCCGACUUGAUCUUGGAAAUGCAAAGCUGUCGGGCAAUCUUGUUCCUGAGUUGGGGAAGCUUGAGCGUCUUGAGUACUUGGAAUUGUACAUGAACAAUUUUGUGGGGACAAUACCAUCUGAACUUGGAGGACUUAAGAAUCUUAUAAGCUUAGAUCUCUUCCAUAAUAACCUCACCGGUUUCAUUCCCCCUUCACUUUCCAAGCUUUCCCGUCUUAGAUUCAUGCGACUCAAUGGCAAUAGAUUGACUGGAAGAAUUCCAAGAGAUCUUACAAAGCUUCCUAACCUUAAGAUUUUUGAUGUAUCGAGUAACGAUUUAUGUGGCACGUUUCCGACAUGGGGUUCUUUCUCUAAGUUGACAGAAGAAAGUUUCAAGAAUAAUCCAAGAUUGGAAGGACCAGAGCUUAUGGGUUCUGUUAGGUACGAUGAUAGUGAUGGGAACUGAUCAUAUUUGGAGUGAAAACCACAACUGAAUAGCAAAUAAUAACUAAUGGUGGUCAAAGUAAGUACUAGUGGACUAGUACUUGUGUAGUGUAACAGUGUGCUGUGUUAUGAUGCUAUAUAGUUUUUGUCGCUUGUAAUUUAUAUAAAUUUGUGAUAAAACCUUUACAAAUGGAUAAAGGUGAUUUGAACUGAAACCUAUUUGUAACUUGUUAUUAUUUGUAUGUUCGGCAUUCGAGUUUUUAACUUA